AUGCACGAACUAACUCCGUAUGCUUCUCCCACCCCUGGGUACUGCGUUGCCCUAAAAACGCUGUCACCUGCGGCUCAUCCUGUGCACUCACCCCCUGCUCAGCUAAUCGCUGCUCCCAUAAUCGCUGGACCUGCUCCUGCUUGGGGCCUCCAAACAACAUCAUCCCAACCAUCGCGUAUAAUAAUCCGCGGUGCGCGCAUUCCCCACUGGACCACCCGGAGCAUAAUGUCUGUGGCAUCCCACAUUGGAAACAACUGGUAUAUCGCGCGUACUGGACCCGCCGCCGGACUCGAAUCAUCCAAUCCCGCGCCUGCUGGCUACUGGGCUGGGCACAAUGGUAUAAUUCGUGCUCAGCAUUCCGGCCUUCCUGCGCACAAAUCCAACAACGAUCCUGCCAUUCCCGCGCCUGCUGCAUUAAAAACUCUUCGUCUGUCAGUUCCUGCUGCCGCGCCUGCUGAUGCUGCUCGGACAUGCGUGCGCGAUCAAUUUCCUGCUGCUGGAACUGUUGCCGGACCCCAAAUGGAAUACCUCUGUGGUCAUUGGAUUCUGCGCUGGCUGCCAUGGUCUGCCUGUGAUGACUGGAUCCUGUGCCGGCCGCCAUGGUCUGUAUGUGAUGACUGGAUCCUGUGCCGGCCGCCAUGGUCUGUAUGUGAUGACUGGAUCCUGUGCCGGCCGCCAUGGUCUGUAUGUGAUCAUGAAUGGGGCUCUCCCAUGGUGCCUGUGACUGUAAGCUCUCGGAAUCAAUACUGCUGGCCGUCUCGCUGGCUUCUGGGCUGGCUUCUGGGCUGGCUUCUGGGCUGGCUUCUGGGCUGGCUUCUGGGCUGGCUUCUGGGCUGGCUUCUGGGCUGGCUUCUGGGCUGGCUUCUGGGCUGGCUUCUGGGCUGGUUCUCGGACUGGCAGCUUCGCUGGAUUCCUACUCUUCUAUCACCUGCCAAUCGGGGUCGCACCCAUCACAUCGUGCCUCACUGGUGA